AAAUACUUCUUUUACACCUGAGUUCAGAUCAUCUGGGAUACUUGUUUCAGUUUUUGUAUUCAUAUGAAGUGCAGUGUAGCAGUUUUUGUUGAAGAUUCAAUUGUUCAGACAAAUAUGCGUUUUGGAUUUUCUGGUGUUAGGAUAUCUGCAGUGGUUUCUUGUUUUCCUAUUGCUUACAUGGUUCUUAUUAUGGUUACUUAUUUGGCUCGGCCUCUUGUUUAUUCCUUCGUGGUCUCAGCAUCCUGCACUCCUCUUCAUAUGGGUUAUACUCUGUCUGUUCAUGGUUUUGAUUAUGGUUUGCUCACUUAUAGUGGUUUCAUUUGUUUUCUUGAGUUUUAUGCUAGUAGAUGGGUUGGAGAAUUGUUUUGUGUAGCCAGGAGUGGUGCGAGGAUGUUCAAUUUUUUUGCAGUUUAAAAGUUUUCACCGAUGGAUGUUCUUCUAUUGUGUUACUGCGGUGUUCCUCAUAGUCUGCUGAAGGGAUGAUUCUAUAUCUGAUUUCUUUUUGUAUGCCAUUUAUGGCAGCCUCUUUUGUACCUAAUGGGAUUGCUAUGUAGUAUGGAGGGGGGUUUUUUGAAUAUUCCCUUGAGGCUUCUUGUAAUGGGUAGGUAGGCCUUAAGCUUUUUGGAGCAAUAUUGGAAGGUUUUCUUACUGGCUCUUUCCUUCCAGUGCUCGUUGAACUUAA